AUGUCUUAUAAAGUGUGGGAAUCAAUUAAUACGAUCGAUAAAUAUUUUGAUGAUGAUCCGAAAAACGCUGGAGAACAUAAUCCUAUGAAUAUGUUAAAAUUGUAUUGCCCUGAUAGUAACUGUAGUAGUGAUGAAGAAGAGAUUGUCGCUGGUUUUAUAAUGUUACUAAAUCUGAUUGGUGAGGAAAAAAUAGAUGGUGAAAAACUUGUUGAAUACGCUAUUUUAUGGUUAAGUUAUAAACUAAAUCAAAAAAAAGAAAAUGAAACGAUCAUAUUAAAAGAUUUUUAUACUGAUCAUAUAGAAUAUAAUAGUUGUUAUAAUAAGCAUAUAGCUGCUGAUAGUAAUAGUGAUGAUAAUAUUAAUAAGGGUGUUAUAGAAAAAAAAAUAAAAUCGAUGAAUAUGUAUAUUAAAGAUAUAUCUAAUUUUUAUGAUCCAUUUAAAUCAUUAUGUAACAUGUAUAGUGAAAUUAAUGCAGAAAAUAAUACUGAAUGCAAGACAUGUUUAGAAAAUGCUGGAGAAUUUUUUGAAAAAUAUGAAAAACUUAAAGAUUCUUUUGAAAUUACUAAAGGAGAUUCUUAUUCUCAACUAUGGUCUAAUUUAUCAGUAGAUUAUAAAAUUUUUGAAAAUGAAUAUAAUAAAUUUAGGUGUGAUAAUGUCUCAUCAGUUGUAGCUUGUCCACGAAGUUCAGUAACAAAAAAUACACUAAUUGCAAUUGCAAUUAUAUUUGUUGCAGCAUCAAUUUUAUUGGGAGUUUCUUAUAAGUAUUCGUUAUUUGGAUUUCGGAAACGAUCUCAAAAACAACAUUUAAGAGAAAUGUUAAAAAAAUAA